AUGCAAUUAAAUAGGCAUCAAAAACAGCUUGAACUGAGGAAUGUAGGGCUUUACCCCAAAGGGAGCCCUUCCAGAAAUUCUCAAAGGCCUGGGCCAAACCCAGGCCCAAGAGGGGGUUUGGAAAUAGUUUUCAACCAGCAAUAGACGCGCCUCGGUUAGAACCUCACUAGCUGCGUCAUUGCCCCAAGC